GCUACUUUUUAGUGUUGUUUACUUCCGAGGUGUCGGUUUGUCGCGGUGGUGGUCAUGUUUCUAGACUUGUGAUAUAUUUUCAAGUGCGACCAAGUUUUAAUCGCUGUAGUUUCUUCAUCUGCGGUGUUACAUCAGUAUAUUUAUCACCACAAUGACGGAGCAGGAUGUGCAGAAACACUCAGUCCACACGCUGGUCUUCAGGUCUCUGAAAAGGACUCAUGAUAUGUUUGUGUCCGACCAUGCGAAAUCUGUCCCACUGGAUGAGCAAAGUCACAAUGUGAAGAUGACUGUGAAACUGAAAACGGAGUAUGGUGCGGUGUUACACAUGCCCGUCUUGAAAGAAGGGAAAGAUCGAGUCUCAGUGCUUCCUGGCAGCAUGCAAGGCCACCAGAGCUACACACAACCAGGAGAUGACCCAGAUUACCUGAUCACCGGGACACAUGCUUACCCCUCUGGACCUGGAGUCGCUUUGACUGCUGACACGAAGGUGCACAGGAAUCCCAGUGAGGGAGGAAUCCACUCCAUGGCGCUGGCUUUGCCACCCUCACAAGCCAGGCAGGACAUCAGCCGCACUGCAGCCAGUGUCGGUGACAUCCAUCGACAUGCAGGCGGAGCAGAAAGAUCUCAACCUCCAUCGAGUGCUUUGUCGCUGAUGGAAGGAGGCGGCACCAGAAAUUCUGCCCUCAUGAGGAAAGCACCAACGAUGCCCAAACCUCAGUGGCAUCCACCGUGGAAACUGUUUCGGGUCAUCAGUGGUCAUCUUGGCUGGGUGAGGUCCAUCGCUGUGGAGCCUGGGAAUCAGUGGUUUGUCACAGGAUCAGCUGAUAGAACCAUAAAGAUCUGGGAUCUGGCCAGUGGGAAGCUGAAACUUUCUCUUACUGGACACAUCAGUACAGUUCGUGGUGUGGCGGUCAGCAGUCGCAGCCCCUACCUCUUCUCCUGUGGAGAAGACAAGCAAGUCAAGUGUUGGGAUCUGGAGUACAACAAGGUCAUCAGACACUACCACGGACACCUGAGUGCUGUGUAUGAUUUGGAUCUACAUCCAACCAUUGAUGUGCUGGUGACGUGCAGCAGAGACGCCACAGCAAGGGUUUGGGACAUCAGGACAAAAGCCAACGUGCACACACUAACCGGCCACACCAACACCGUGGCUACAGUCAGAUGCCAGGCUGCAGAGCCACAAAUCAUCACCGGCAGCCACGAUUCAACCAUCAGACUGUGGGAUUUGAUUGCCGGGAAAACCAGAGCAACACUGACCAACCACAAGAAAUCAGUCCGAACCAUAGUGCUGCAUCCCAGACAAUACACCUUUGCCUCUGGUUCUGCUGAUAACAUCAAACAGUGGAUGUUCCCAGAUGGCAAAUUCAUCCAGAACCUGUCCGGCCACAACGCCAUCAUCAACACUCUGGCUGUUAACUCUGACGGCGUGUUGGUGUCUGGAGCCGACAACGGGACCAUCCACAUGUGGGAUUGGAGGACAGGCUACAACUUCCAGCGGAUCCACGCAGCUGUGCAGCCUGGAUCUCUGGACAGCGAGUCGGGCAUCUUUUCUUGCGUGUUCGACCACUCAGAAAGCAGACUGAUCACCGCCGAGGCCGACAAGACCAUUAAAGUGUACAAAGAGGACGACACCGCUACGGAAGAAAGCCAUCCGAUCAACUGGAAACCAGAAAUCCUCAAGAGAAAAAGAUUCUAAUGUUUUGUUUUGUUUUUUUAUUUGAUCUCGCCACUGUAACCAUCUUGAAAUGUAUUACUACCAGACUUCCUGUUGUAGGUACACCCUUCAGUUUAGCUUGUUUGUGCUUUUUCAUCAGGCAAACUUUUUCAUAAACCAGAGCGACCAAAUACGAUUGUGUCCUGCAUCAUUCUAAAAACCAUUUGCAGUCCUCGUUGUAUGAUGUUAGUCCAGUAAAGCGUCCAUUUUGGACUGCCAGGAACCUCCCGGAGUGUUUGUUCUUGAUGAUGAUAGCUCUCUGAUGGCUCUGGUCUGUCUGGUCCACCAACAGCAGCCACUCUUCAGACACAGAAGGACUGGCCUCAGAGUGGACCUCGUCCCUGCUGGGGUCAAACCCUGUAGAGGGAAAGACGGUGUGUCCAUCGUUUGAAAAAGAUAAUUUUGUAUUGACUCAACAGAAUUGCCGGUUGUACAGACGUGGAAACAAACAGUUCCCUUUUUCUAGCCUGCAUUACGAUGUUUAUUUUGCUCCAUUAAUAAUAAAAAACACAUUUUUCACAGA